AUGUCGUCAAUGCAAACCCAGUCCGCGAUGGAGGUGGUCCUCGCCAUCCCGGAGCUCCUGGAGUCCAUCCUGAUCCAGCUCGACAUGACGACCCUUCUACUAUCGGCUAUGCGAGUGAGCAAGACGUGGAAGAGUCUCAUGGACGAGUCUCCGGCUAUUCAGCAAGCUCUCUUCUUGAAGCCUGUUUCUGCCGAUGUAUCCCAGAACGAAGAAUGCCACGAAGGUGCGAAAGAAAAGAAGCAACGUGUUCGCCCAGUGAUCAAUCCCCUCCUAGCCAAAAAGUUCAAUAAGUGUUUCUUCGACUUUGGACAGACGUACUCGCUCCACCGCCGCGCGAACUCCUUCUAUGAGCUCCCGUGGUCCCGCAAGCCAAUUCAGACUGCCCAAGAGAUCUGGGGAGGCUGGAGCCAGUUGAGACCGUCUGAUCUCGACUCCGAGGCAACUCGUUUAGAGGAAGAAUGCAGACGGCGGUUCACACGCAGCGGGGCGAGUUGGCGGCGUAUGUUCGUCUCCCAGCCGCCGCCGCCAUCACUGGGAUACGUGAGAUUCGAUAUUUCUGACAUGCCUGUGGAAGGGCACAAAGUGUGGAGCGCUUCCUUACAACCUGCCUCAGACUCGCCCUUCAUCGGACUGCGCAUGGGGGAGCUGUACGAUAUUGUGCAAGACCACGCUGGCCACCACGGGCGGCACUCGCUGUGGUUCAGAGUUCUCUGGGGUAAACCUACGAGCGAAUUUGCAAUCUCGCGGGUCCGGGAGACGUUUGAGAAGUUGAUGUUGCAGACGCAUGUCGUUGUGGAGUUUAUGCAUGCCGACGAUACCUCGCUCCCGAAUCAUCCGCAAGACCCGGCUGAUGUAGGGCGGUUCGAUGCCGCGUUUCGAUGCGAGGAAUACCGUGAGGUUAAGCUUGAACCCGAAGAGACACUGGCAUACCCGCCGGAAUUUCCCAUGUUUGAUGGCCGGUUCGUUAUCUGGCAUUGGCGACUUCUAGAACAUGAAAGGGCGACCACGAUGAUGAGUGAAGGACGGUCGUGA